ACGAAAUGAUGCGUCUGAACAUUAUACACGUUGUAAGCAUUAUUAUAGCAAUAGGAGUUAUUUUUUUAGGAUUCCAGAAGUGGAAUGGGCUUCAAAAAGAAGUGAGACUAAAGAAUUACAUUGAACAGAUUAAAUGGGAAGAGCAGCAGCUGAAACUAGACAUCCAAGGGAAUGAGAAUAAGAUGAAAGAUCUAAACAAACACCAUCGAGAAAAUGAAAGAAAGGAGCAGAACCUGAAAGAGAAGCUCCAAAAGAAAGAACAAGACAAGAUCCAACUAGAAAAUGACAUCUCACACAAGGUAGGUAAUGAGACAAUCCUGAAAAAUAAGAUACAAGAGAAAAAGCAAGAGAAGAAUAAACUGAGAGAUGAGCUCCAACAAAAAGAAGAGAAUGAGAAGGUCCUAAAAAACAAGAUACAAGAGAAGAAGCAUCAGCUGAGAAAUGAGAUGCAAGAGGAACAGAAGGAACAGGAUAUAAAUCAGCUAACACAGGAUCUGAUACAGAAGAAACAUGAGAAGCAUAAACUAAAAAAAGAUUUAAUAUGUAAGAAAAGGAGGAGUAUCAGUUAA